AUGCAGGCGAAACAUAUGAAGAGUCAAAGUCCCCCACACCUUCUCAGUUGCCCCAUCGACCAAGACAGAUCCUCUCCCACCAAAGAUGAGGGCUCCAGCGACAACCCCAGGCAAUCAAUCAGUGAGAUUAGCCGAAGCCUCCAGGAUAAUGUCAAACAUCGCAUCCUGUACUUGUCAGAGCAGCUCAAAGUGGAGAAAACCAGCCGCGAUGAGAACACAGUAGGCUACCUCAAACUAGUGUCCAAAGCUGACCAGCAGCAGGCCACUCACAUUAGACGAGCCUUUGAGAAGGUGAACCAGCGCUCUUUGGCCACUAUUGCCCACAUAGAACACAAGCUCCGACAGUAUCACCAACAGCUCCAGGAAAUGGAAGAGGGGAGCAGGCCCAAGUGCUCAUCACUGAAGGAAGAGAAGGCCAACAAGAGCCAGGAACCUGCUGACAAGGCCCCUUUGGUGGGGAACCCAAAGACCAGAGCAGAGGAACCGCAAUCCACAAGUCCCCUGGAUGUCUUAGAGGGAGAUGCGCUGGCUGCUGCCCUCCCACAGGAAAAAUCCUCAAAGAAAGAUAGCAUAGGCCAGCAAUGAAGUCUGCUCUCCUUCAAGGUCAAGGAAGAGCUGGAAGAUAUUAAAAAAUCCCAUAGCAGACUUGAGCUAUCUUCUCAAGCCUUGAGGGUGAAGUACCUGACUGACUUGCAGCUGAUUAUCAAGUCUCUUCAGGAGGAGAAAUAUAGGCAAAAAGUGAUUGAGGAACAGGUCAAUGACCACAUGCAGGGGUACCUGGGUGAGAUUUCCCAUAUGAAACAGAACUUGGCCUGCACUGAAGAGAAGAUGGUCUAUCUGUCCUAUGAGAAAUCCAAGGAGAUAUGGGAGGUGAUGGGGACUUUUCAUAAUCGAAUUUCCAAACUGGAGACCCAGCAGCAAACAGACCAACAAGAAAUAACGGAGAAGCCCAGAAGCCACUCCCAAGUCUUCCUAGGCAAGUUCAUGAGCUUGCUGCUCACUUUGACCACCAUUCUCCUCAUCUGCCUGUCCACCAUCUGCACAUGCCCCUUGCCUUUCACCAGAUGCCGUCUCCGUUUCUGCGCCAUCCUCCUGCUCAUUGGGCUGGGGGUGUUCACCUGGCAGAAGUGGUACUCUAUCCUGUUCACUUGUUGGCAUGAGCGCAUCUUAUUGAGAUUGAAGUUGCAUUACAAAGACUCCAGGCCUCUGACAAGUUGGGCUUAAAGGAGCAGGACAAGCCUCCUCAGCCUGGGAAUGCCUGCUAGAUGUCUCCUUCAGGAAUGUCCUGUCCUCUGUUC